AUGGAAGGAGUAAGAGAUUCUGUUGUCAAGAAAUCUAAAAGAUUGACAUCUGUUGUAUGGAAUCACUUUGAGCGGGUAAGGAAGGCUGACACAUGCUAUGCUGUUUGUGUGCAUUGUAACAAGAAACUUAGUGGAUCAAGUAAUAGUGGAACUACGCAUCUCAGGAAUCACUUAAUGCGAUGUUUGAAGAGAUCCAAUUAUGAUGUAACGCACCUAUUUGAGGCAAAGAGAAGGAAGAAGGAACCCUCGUUUGCUGUUACAGAUGUCAAUCCGGUGGUACAAAGACCGGAUGCGUACAUCAACACUCCAGUAGUAAAGUUUGAUCAGGAGCUAAGAAAACACGGAGUUCUGAACGUGGGAAGUAGUAGUAGGUUCAGUCAACAGCGUAGUCAGCUUGAUCUUACCUGCAUGAUUCUAUUACAUGGUUACCCGUUGACCAUGAUUGACCAUUCCGGAUUCAGAGUUUUUUUGAAGAAUCUUCAGCCUUUGUUUGAGGCUGUACCAAAUGCUUCUGUUGAAUCCUCUUGCGUGCAAAUCUAUGAGAAAGAGAAGCAGAGAGUGCGUGAAAUGUUAAGCAGAUUGAAUGGCAGAAUAAACCUUGCAGUUGAAAAGUGGAGUUGUCCCGACAAUAAUCAAUACUUGUGUUUGACAGCACAGUUCAUUGAUGAGAUUUGGAAACUGCAGAAGAAAGUUCUAAACUUUGUGACUUUAGAAACCUCUCAGACUGAAGAUAUGCUUUCUGAAGUGAUUAUUAAGUGCCUGUUGGAGUGGGGUAUUGAGUGCAAGUUGUUUGCUAUGACAUUUGAUGAUUGCUCCAUAGAUGAUCAUAUUAUUGUGAGAAUAAAGAACCGGAUUUCUGAAACCAGGCCCCUUUUGAGUAAUGGCCGACUAUUCGAUAUCAGGUCUGCUGCUCAUGUUGUAAAUUUGAUGGUUCAAGACGCCAUAGAAGCACUAGGAGAGGUGAACCAGAAGAUUCGAGAAAGUGUAAGAUAUGUCAAAAGUUCAAGAGAAAUCCAGCUCAAGUUCAACGAGAUUGUUCAGCAAGUUGGUAUGGAUGGUCAGAAAAACUUAGUUCUUGAUGCCCCAUCGCGGUGGAACUCGACAUACUAUAUGCUCGAGACAGCCCUAGAAUACAAGACUUCAUUUUGCUUCUUGCAACAACAUGACCCAGGCUACACUACAGUUUUAACGGAGACUGAAUGGGAAUGGGCGAGUUCUAUUACUGGUUAUUUGAAACUGUUUGUGGAGAUUACCAAUGUUUUCUCUGGAAGCAAACCUCUGACAGCCAACAUGUAUUUCCCCGAGAUAUGUGAUGUUCACAUCCAACUAAUUGAAUGGUGCAAAAAUUCAGAUGGCUAUCUUAGUUGCAUUGCUUCUAAGAUGAAAGCCAAGUUUGAUAGGUACUGGAGCAAAUGCAGUUUGGCUUUGGCAGUUGCUGCAAUCUUAGACCCUCGGUUCAAGAUGAAACUGGUGGAGUACUAUUACUCUCAGAUUUAUGGUAGCACAGCCCUGGAUCGAAUCAAGGAGGUCGCGGAUGGUAUAAGGGAACUUUUUAAUGCAUACUCUAUCUGUUCAACAUUGGUUGACCAAGGCUCAACUCUUCCUGGAAGUAGCAUGCCAGGCACUUGCACCAAUAUUAGCAGAGAUAGAUUAAAGGGCUUUGACGAAUACCUGCAUGAGACGUCUCAAAGCCAGAGUUCUGUAUCCGACCUGGACAAAUAUUUAGAAGAACCGGUGAUUCCUCGUAACCAUGAUUUCAACAUUUUGAACUGGUGGAUGGCCCAUACACCAAGAUACCCUAUCUUGUCUAUGAUGGCAAGGGAUGUUCUGGGCACUCCAAUGUCAAAUGUCUCACCCGACAUGGUGUUCAGCACCGAAAGAAGGAUGCUCGAUGGUUACAGAAGCUCGCUAAGUGCAGACACUCUGCAGGCUUUGAUAUGUGCUCGUGAUUGGUUGCAUAUUGAACCAGAAGGUGUGUUGCAUGUAUAUACUGGAUUUUCAGUUUGUUACAAUCAAAAAUUGAUGUUCUUUUGGCAGCUAUAA